AUGAUGCGUCCCAACCGCGGCUUCAUCCUGCUCCUCCUCAACGGAACCGCUUGUUUGGUGGCCUUGGGUCAAGAAGACGACUCCUCCAGCCCCAAGAGCUCCUCAGACGACUCCUCCAAGACGGUGGUGGGCCUUCUGAGCGGGCAGGCUCCCAUCUCGCCCCUGAGCCGCUGGAUGCUUCACAGCAAGAGCAGAGCUGCUAACACCACCUCUCUGGAGCUGCCCUACCGCUCCCCGGUCCCUUUCUCCAAGCAGGAGUUUUCGAAACAGGAGUUCUGGGAGAUGUUGGGGAGCGACCUGCUCAAACCCGACGCCUCCAGCUCCAGGGUCAAGCGUCGGCCCAUCGUCAAGACCGGCAAGUUCAAGAAGAUGUUUGGCUGGGGAGACUUCUAUUCCAAUAUCAAGACGGUGAGGCUUAACCUGCUGAUCACCGGCAAGAUUGUGGACCACGGUAACGGCACGUUCAGCGUUUACUUCCGCCACAACUCCACGGGCCAGGGAAACAUCUCCGUCAGCCUGGUGCCACCUGUCAAGGCGGUGGAGUUUGACCUGGAGCGCCAGAGCGUGGUCUACCCUAAGGACUCAAAGAUUUUCAACUGCCGUGUGGACUAUGAGAAGGUGGAUCGCAGCAAGCGCACCUCCCUGUGCAACUACGACCCGUCCAAGACCUGCUUCCAGGAGCAGAUUCAGAGCCACGUGUCCUGGAUUUGCUCAAAGCCGUUCAAGGUCAUCUGUAUCUACAUAUCCUUCUACAGUACGGACUACCGCCUGGUCCAGAAGGUUUGCCCGGACUACAACUACCAUAACGAGAUGCCCUACCUGCCCUCGGGCUAG